UGCUCCGCAUAGACCCCGUAUAUGAUAACGAUGGUAUGGAGUACCGGUGCCGAGUGGACUAUCGAUGGGGCCGUACUAUGAGUACGUUCAUCACCUUGAUUGUUAUUGUGCCUCCAAGAAAUCUGAUAAUCAAAAAUGAAAGAAAUCAAAUACAAAACGGUUUGAUCGGUCCCUACAAUGAGGGCUCGGAGGUUAGACUGUCCUGCGUUUCCGAAGGGGGCAAACCCGCGCCGUAUGUUCAUUGGUAUAGAGAUAAUGAGCUAAUUGAUGACACUUAUAGCUACGGCACCGGCAAUAAUACGGCCCAUAACGAGCUGUACAUCAGUAAACUAUCCAGAAUUGUGUUCAAUAGCGUACUGUCGUGUAGGGCCGGCAAUAACGUCAGCAAACCUAUCAUCUCUCGCGUCACAAUCGAUAUUAACCUCAAACCCAUUGAUGUAGAGAUAGUGAACGCCAGGCAUACCCUACAGGCGGGUCGAGAGGUAGAGAUGUCGUGCGAGUCACGCGGUAGUCGACCACCAGCUCAAAUUACCUGGUACAAAGACAAUCACGAGCUCACACAUUCUAGGGAGAGUAUAUCACACGACGGAAAUGUGACCACAAGCCUUCUGAAGCUGAAUCCCCAGGUGCUCGACAACGGAGCUUAUCUGUCAUGUCGUGCGGAAAAUCUGCGA